AAUAACAAUUUCAAAUAGUAGUUGUCGUUACCGGUGUUCCAGUCAUAAGUUCUUCUAUUUUUAUAUUUGUGAUAAGUUUUGCCUUGAUUUUAUUGGGAAAACAAUCCACCUUGAUAUAAGUAGCAAUCCACAUAUUAAUGCCAGUAUGUCAGUUGAAGUUAGAGUAGAAGAAUGGUUAAGAAAAAUGGGAUACAAUGGUGGAAUACCAGCAAGCUUACCAAAAAUUUGUAAUCCGUCAACUGCGUUUAUUUGGGAACAACUUAUUUCGAAUGUCAGACAUCGACAAGAAGUGGAUCAUAUAAAAAAGACUGUUAUCGUGAAUAGAUUGUCUAAAAAACCACUUGAAGAACAGGAUCAGUUUAGUUACCCAAUAAAGGAAAUUCAAAUUUAUAUGGAAAGGCAAAGGCUUGAAAAACAUAUUAAGAAUUUAGAACGACAUAUUGCAGAGAAAAGAGAUACUGUAGAUGAUAUUUUAAGAAAGAAUAAAGUGACUUAUAUGAAGAUUGAGAAUAUAAAAGCAAAAAUUAGAGAAAAUCAAGAGAGAAAAUUUUUGUUGGACAAAAAGUCAAAAGUUAUAGAGAAAGACAUUGAACAUGGUCAAGAAGUCCUCACUAUGGCUAGAAAUCUUACACCUGUAGAAAUGGAAGCAAGUGCAAACCCUGAUGAAAUUACAAAAACCUUGCAGAAGUGUGCUGAAAAACUCCAAAAACUAUCUGAUGGUGUUUCAGUCCCACAGUCCAACAAAACUAAAUCUGUAUCAACAUCCCUAAUAAGAACUGUCAAAAAGCCAACAUAUUCAAACUGUAACGCAUUUUCUCGAUUUUUAAAUCAGUCAACGAUUUUAAGUGACAUCGCGCCCACCACAUGUAAAAAAAUGAAUUACAAAAAUAAAGAAAACAUCAAUUUUACACAACACAGCACAGCUAUAAGUAGAUGUUUGAAAUUCUCAGAUACUGGAAGUGAAAAAAGUAUCACCAAUGAUGAGACUGAAAAAACACUGAAAAGGGAGUCUUUGGGUAUCUUGUCCAAUGAAUGCUUAGACAUAAGUGAUGAUUUGGACAAUUUUUUGUUGAGUCGGAGUAACGUGGGUGAUGUAUUUCUUCAACCAUUAACAGACUCGCUGCUAGAACCACCGACAAAAGAUGUAAAGGAUGAAAUACUUGAUAAACUUCGUAAUGAUAAGAAUAUAGAGCAGAUUUUGAAAGAUUUGUUGCAUGAAAACAAUCGUUACCUAAUCAUGACGCAGUGGGAAAAUAUUUAUGAGCAGUUACUGAAAGAUCUGAGCAUUUCUAUAAUCGAUUGUAACAAACUUGUUGGUUCUUUCAGCUCAAAGAGAAGCAUCCGUCAGUCUGAUCUGAGUGAAAUGUACUUCAUUCACCUGAAAAAUGAGCUGGAGAAAGAUAAAUGUCGAAUCCUCUUGAAAACAAAACAGGAAGCUGUAAAACGGAAGAAAGAGGAAAUUUGUAUGGGGAGCAGGAGGCGAAAUAGUGAUGAAAUGAGAACAAUACUUGAGUCGCAGAUCGAAGAAGUUUAUUUAAACGGAGGUAAUAAUUUUUUACGUAAAGAAAUUGAUUCUGCCAAAACGUUUGAAAGCGAUAUUGAUAUACAAGCAAUGAAUCUCAGAAUUAAACAAUUACAAGAAGAUAUUAUUGAGAAAGUACGUGAUAUUCAAACUUUUAUUCCAAUCAUUUAUAAAGUUUUGAAAGAUAUUCAAAAUAAUCAGACUGAAACGUCUCACUGUGUGAAAAAAUUAUCUCCAUAUUUUCAUGAAAUUAACUGGGCUGGUAAGAUGACACAAAGCGUCAACUCCCGCGAAGUUGAAGUUUUCCGUGAAGUUCCUCUGGAGUUUAAUAGAAAAUUUAAAUAUAGUCAGUUGCAGGUGUACCACAAAAUCAUUAGCGACACGGUCAUUCCGUCGUAUGUCACAUUUGAUUCUGAAAAUUUAAAUUUGCUUACGAGAUUAAUAAAGACUCCGUUUAGCCCGACUGAGAGCGUUAUAUUUGACGCCCUGCAGAUGAAAGUUUUGUCAAAUAAGUUACGCUUAACAAAUCCGUCAACUGAAUGUUUAGAUUUGGAUUAUCAAAAAUUUUCUUUAGGUGAACUUGAGAAACAAGAAGAAUACGUUCAACCUGUGAUAGAGAAAUUGGAUUCCAUUAUUAAUUCAGAUCUGGUGAAAGGAGUCUUAUCAGCUCCAAACCGUAUGAAGGAAUUAGGUGAUUUGUGGCUGGAGAUGCCGUUUAGAAAAUAUAUUUCUGAGAACAGACAAGUUGAUGGGUAUGGGUAUAAGUAUUAUGAAAAAGUGUUGGGGGCGUUCAAAACUGAGUAAUUAAUUUAUUUAAGGCUGAUUUUUUGUCAUUGUAAUUUAUAUUUUCAUAUGCUUUUAUUGAAUAGUAAAUUAAGUAUACAAUA